AUGGCGGACCCUACUCCAUCGACAUCCACGCAGCCUCCAUCCGAGUCCGUCCUCUCAUCCGAUCCAGCCAAGGAUCGUGCGCUCAAGGCGUACAAGCAGGCGCUCAAGCAGCACAAUGAACUCUCCGAGAACCUCAAGAAGCUGCGCUUCGGCCUCAAGGACCUCGAAAAGGCGUACGACAAGACCGAAGACGAUAUCAAGGCCCUCCAAUCCGUAGGCCAGAUCAUCGGUGAAGUGCUUAAACAGCUCGAUGAAGAGCGCUAUAUCGUCAAGGCCUCGUCCGGUCCACGAUACGUUGUCGGUAUUCGUGCCAGCGUGCCCAAGCACAAGCUCAAGCAAGGCGUGCGAGUCUCGCUCGACAUGACCACGCUCACCAUCAUGCGCAUCUUGCCACGCGAAGUUGACCCGCUUGUGUACAACAUGAGCAUGGAAGAUCCAGGCGCUGCUAGUUUUGCCGGUAUUGGUGGUCUCUCGGACCAGAUCCGCGAAUUGCGAGAGGUCAUCGAGCUGCCGUUGCUCAACCCGGAACUCUUCAUGCGCGUCGGCAUCAAGCCGCCAAAAGGUGUUCUUCUUUACGGACCGCCAGGAACGGGAAAGACGCUGCUCGCGCGUGCCGUCGCCAGCACGCUCGAAACCAACUUCCUCAAGGUCGUCUCGAGUGCCAUUGUCGACAAGUACAUCGGAGAGAGUGCACGUCUGAUCCGCGAGAUGUUCGGCUACGCAAAGGAGCACGAGCCAUGCAUCAUCUUCAUGGACGAGAUCGACGCCAUCGGUGGUCGACGUUUCAGCGAGGGCACCUCGGCCGACCGUGAGAUCCAGCGAACCCUGAUGGAGCUGCUCAACCAGAUGGACGGCUUCGACUACCUCGGCAAGACCAAGGUUAUCAUGGCCACCAACCGUCCCGACACGCUCGACCCGGCUCUCAUGCGCCCCGGUCGAAUCGACCGCAAGAUCGAAAUCCCCCUUCCCAACGAACAGUCGCGCCUCGAAAUCCUCAAGAUUCACACAAAGCCAGUGGCCAAGAAGGAAGAGCUGGACUACGAGGCCAUUGUCAAGCUCAGCGACGGCUUCAACGGCGCCGAUUUGAGAAACGUGGCUACCGAGGCGGGCAUGUUUGCCAUCCGGGACGAUAGGGACUACUGUGUCCAGGAAGACUUUAUGAAGGCGGUGCGCAAGUUGCAAGAGGCAAAAAAGCACGAGUCCAAGAUCGACUACAGCGCUGUCUAA